GGAAGAAAACUCAGCCUUUUUACUCCAUAUAAAAUAGCCACCUCCUCCUAAACGAGGCCCGCGUAGAAACCCUACGUUCCUACUACGCCGCGCCGGUCCAACCGUCUCACUGCCGACGUUCACCCCGCGCCGUCCUAUCUGCGAUUUGGGACUAAGUGAGCACGGCCCACUGUGCCACCAUCCGACCUCCGCGACUGCCCACCGACGUCUUCCAUCCGAUUCCGAUCUGAAGUUUCUAUUCCGCCCAAAAUGAGCCGGCCAAUGGAGGAAGAUGUCCCUGGAAAGACUGAGGAGGAAGAGUUCAACACCGGACCACUCUCUGUCCUCUCAAUGAGUGUCAGAAACAACACACAGGUCCUCAUCAACUGUCGUAACAACAGGAAGCUUCUAGGCCGCGUUAGGGCUUUUGAUCGUCACUGCAACAUGGUGCUGGAAAAUGUUAGAGAAAUGUGGACUGAGGUUCCCAAGACUGGCAAAGGGAAAAAGAAAGCCCUACCUGUUAACAAGGAUAGGUUCAUCAGCAAGAUGUUCCUUCGUGGAGAUUCAGUGAUCAUUGUCCUCCGAAACCCUAAGUAGAUGGUUGCUGCAAGACUGUCGGUCCUAUCCCCUACUACACUCGCGAGGCCUACUCUUAUGAUCUAGUGUUCUGAGCUUUAGACCAAUGGGGUAGUAUCGGACUGCUUAUUCUUACAUGCGUUGUAACAUGACGGAGCUAACAACUGUUUUUUCUGCUGCUACUAUUUCGUUUUGUGUACUUUCUCAUCCUGAUUCCAAGAUCAUAUCAACUUUAUGCACAAAAUCUGACUAUGAGUUUUCAGUUUUCUUUUACAGCGCGAGGGUAGAGACAAUGCCUUCUUUGUCUCCUGAGAUGGCGUUGCCCGAAAUAUUAAUCCAUGCUUGAACGCUCUAUAAACCGGUAUCUUUGUAAAUCAUUAAGUCUUUUGAUACCCCUCCUAGGCUUGUGGAGACUACUCACGCAUUUCUCAGCAACCCAUACACAAGUAUUUUCUCUUUGGAAAUUUGAAUGAUCUCUAAAUCAGUAUUUUUGUUUCGAUAGUCUUAAAGGGUAUCCUA